GCAUGUACGUACUAUAAUGUAUAUGCAAGCAAGCCAGGCAAAGCAAGUGCACGUACAUACAUACGGUGCUGGAGAGUAAGUAAUACUUGGACACGUAUGUACCGCAUUGCCCGGCAUGAUCAUGAGAUUGGAGACACAUGGAAGGCGGGAGGAUCGCGAUGCAUCGGGGAGGGAGGGUCUUACACGUGGACCGGAGGCGGCUCUAGUGACGCGAAAGAGACUUUUUUUUUUCUUUCCCGCUCUCUUUCUUGCAUCCAAGGUGAGGGGAAAGCGGAGGGUGAAGGGCGAAAUGGCAGGAUUGCGGUGUCACGGCGGACAUGGCGGUCGCCAGAAGUGUAUCGCGGCCUGCUGUUUUGGGAGUCGGCAGGUGGGCAGGGACUGGGGCAGUGGGUAGCAAUGACAUCAGCGUGUGUAAGAGAUAGCGAGGGCCCGGGUCAGGCGGCGGCGGGAAAAGGGGACUUUCGCUGGGCCCUGCAUGGCGCGUCGGUGGGCUAUAGAAGGAAGAGGGCAGAUGCUUGGGCGUGGGAUCGCGAUCGCAGCAGCAGAGAGGUGGAAAAGGACCGGAUUCAGGCUGGAAGGGCUGUGGUACAAAAGCAACGGGGUCGGACUAGGGUGUGAGGAUCAGGUCGAUGUGGUGCCAAAACCCG